AGACAAAAAAUAUAAUUAUUUGAAUGUAUUAAUAAAAUUAAAAUAAAAUAAUAGAUUAAACCUGCCAACUCGUCGAAUCACUCUCGUAUAAUUUUGAUUAAUAAAAUUUAGUAUACUCGCGUCCAAAUUUUUUUAUGUUAUCACGAGGUAUUCUCGACAUCCAUUCCUGGUCGCUCAUCCUUAUGAAGUCAGCAGGGGAAGUACUUCCUGGUGCAUAUAUUUGGAUGAGAUUCCUGAAUAUUCAAGAGCACCAGGAAGUCGAAAGAAUAUUAUUUGUUUUGAUCCUGUCAAUAAUGGGGGCAACCAUUUUGGAUUAGAGGACACCACUACGCCCUCUGGUCGAGUUGCGAUCUACUUUACCAGCAACAUCGAUGAAAUUUAUCGACGCGCGAUAUAUUGAUUAUCGACACAUAGAAAGUAAUUAAUUACUUUCACUGGGACUCACCACCGAAAAGAAAGCGUGAAAGGUGACGCCGACUGAAGUCAAAGUUCAGCCAUUUAAUUUAUUCAUUCUCGUUUUGAUGGUGAUUCAGGCAGCAGGCCACAGAAUUUUGUGCAAAGUAGAAAUUAAUUUUAAAAAAUCCAUGUCUGGACGAGGCGGUAUACGGGGUCGGCGUCGUAUUAGCGCUGAAGUAAUUCGCCAAGUUAUGGGCGAAAGCGAGGAAAAUGAGGAGGUGGAAUGCCUGGUGGUAGCCAGAAGCUUGUGGCUCAGGGGAAGGGCCCCGUCGGAAGCUUCCGAUUUUACGGAGGAAAAUUUGGACCAGAUGAUCCGGCGAAUAGCCAGUUCCCCAUCGGAACCAUUGUCUUUAGAGGAGGAGGGUCUUCUUCCUAGGCCCGAAAGUCCCCAUCAGGCGGAACAGCCUGUACAGGCGGAGCCCAUUGCUCCUAGUCAAGAAGUUCGGGAGGUUCGGCCCAAGAGAUCCAGGGAGUGGUGUAUGGAGCAAGUGCGGCAGCAAAUUGCUUCAAAAGCCAGGACUCCUGGAUACUGGGGCAAGACGGCAGCAAAAGCUGGUCGCUGCGGCUAUUGUGUAGGGGAGGGCCAUAAUUAUUUUAAUUGCCCGAUCCGCAUUAACAAAAACAAAAAAAAAUAAUAAUUAAUUAAAUUGUAUCAAUUCUU